AUGCUACGAUCAAACGUCAGUCGCAUCGACCCCAAAAGGCGAAACGUACUCGACCACCGCAAGAAACAAUUCGCAGAAGCCGCCUACAAGGACACCGAUUAUCCCCAUCGGCUCAACUUCUACUCGACCCCUCCAACAGCCGACAUCACCAUUGAGCAGUUUGAACAAUGGGCCAUCGACAGGUUACGAAUCCUCGCCGAACUCGAAGCAUGCUCCUUCCGUAACAAAACCCCCGCCGAGACGGCCUCGCACAUGAAACCCUUACUCGACAAGUACCUCCCGCUCGACACCAACAGCUCCUCCUCCUCCCAGCUCUUCGCUCAGCGGCAAAAGGACCACUACAGCCACUUCAUUCUUCGUCUCGCUUUUGCAUCCACAGAGGACCUCCGACGCCGCUUCACCCGCGUCGAAACCAUGUUAUUUCGCAUGCGCCUGAACGCCGACGACGGGCGCGAGCGCGCGGCGUUUAUCAACUCGCUUAAUCUCGACUGGGAGACUGUUUCGGAUGAAGAGAAGCGCGAACUAGCUGCCGAGUUGGCAGCGACUGCCUCCUUCGGCGGCUUUAAAAAGGGACAACAGCAGCAGCAAUACGAAGAAGACCAACAAACAUGGUGCAAAGUCUCGUGGCUCCGCGUCCCCGAGCUGGUCGAACAGCGGCGUGUCUUUCUCCGACAAGGCUACGCCUACGUUCCCGCGCGCGAACAGCAGGCGAUGGUCGUUUCGGAAUUCUCGUCCCGGUUGGAGCGACAACUCGAGUUAACCGCCCGCGCCCUUCCCAGACUAGACGAAGACGACCGCUUGACGCCCAUCCUGGCACACUUAUCCAAGAACUUCAUCACCCCCGACGCUUCGUACGUGGGUACUUCAUCUGCCAUCUCCUCGGCGGAUAUCUCAGCGCGGAACAUCGACACGCUGGUGAACAACCACCAUUUCCCCGCUUGCAUGUCCCAUUUGCACCGCACCCUGCGGCGGGACGCGCACUUGAAACACUACGGUCGUCUACAGUACACCCUCUUUUUGAAGGGCAUCGGCCUCAACCUCGAGGAAUGCUUGUUGUUUUGGCGACAGAGUUUCAACAAAAUCACCGACGACACGUUCAACAAAGAGUACCGGUACAACGUGCGACACACGUACGGCGACGUGGGCGGCGACAGCAAUCGGCGCGGAGGCGGCUAUUCGCCAUAUUCGUGCCAGAAAAUCCUAACGGAACAUCCGCCCGGACCGGGUGAGGCGCACGGGUGUCCGUAUCGACACUUUAACAUGGAGAAUCUGCAGACGCUGUUGCAGCAGGGGAUGGGGGUGACGGAUCGCGGGGUGUUGAAUGGGGUCAAGGAGGAUAAGGAGAAGCAAAAGUUUCAUAUGGCUUGUAAUCGGGUAUUCGAACAUCUUCACAAGGAAGAACUCAAAAAGGCCAAGGAUGAGGGUAUCAUGACUGCGGCGCAGCUUGAGACUAUUGUCCACCCCAACGAGUACUUCAAGCGGAGUUAUCUGCUCAAGAAUAUGGGCAAGAUGCAAGGGGAUGUCAAGAUGGAGGGUUGAAAAUACCAUGCAUGGUUGAUGCGGACGAGCUUGAAAAGAGGUUUGAUGUGGAAAUAUGGAUGGGCAUGGGAUGUGGGACCCGGGUUUCUUUCUGUUGUAGUAUUUUCUGGCGUU